CGCAAAAAAAAAAAAUCCCCAGCGCCGGACGGACGGACGCAGUUUGACGGCACAAUUACGCGCGACACUGCGGGGGGACAAGGGGAGGAAAGAAGAAGAGACCAACGAGACCAUGGAUAUUUAACGGACACAUAUACAUUCUUUUUUUUUUUUUUUUUAAAUCUCUUUAUUCUUCUUCUUUUUUUUUUUGGUCCCCUCUUCCCACCGCCCUGCCUGUGAUGUUGCGUUCGCGCCCCGGCGGGUUGACGAUUUAAAACAGAACCUGCUCGAUGUCUCUCGUCAGUUUGUAACCCAAACAAAAAAAGAAGAACAAAAAAAAAAAUGAGGAUUUCUUCUUCCCGCGGCUGGUUUCUGUGGAUGUUCUCGGGCUUGUGGAGGCUGACGAUGGGAGCUUUCCCGAGCAGCGUGCAGAUCGGUGGUCUGUUCAUCAGGAACACCGAUCAGGAGUACACGGCCUUCCGCUUGGCCAUCUUCCUGCACAACACCAGCCCCAACGCCUCGGAAGCCCCGUUCAACCUGGUGCCUCACGUGGACAACAUCGAGACGGCCAACAGCUUCGCCGUCACCAACGCCUUUUGCUCCCAGUACUCCCGCGGUGUCUUCGCCAUCUUCGGCCUGUACGACAAGCGCUCCGUCCACACGCUGACGUCGUUCUGCAGCGCCCUGCACAUCUCCCUCAUCACGCCCAGCUUCCCCACCGAGGGCGAGAGCCAGUUCACGCUGCAGCUGCGGCCGUCCAUCCGGGGCGCGCUCCUGUCGCUGCUCGACCACUACGACUGGAACAAGUUCGUCUUCCUGUACGACACCGACCGGGGAUACGCCAUCCUGCAGGCCAUCAUGGAGAAGGCGGGGCAGAACAACUGGCAGGUCAGCGCCAUCUGCGUGGAGAAUUUCAACGACGCCAGUUACCGCCGACUGCUGGAGGACCUGGACCGGAGGCAGGAGAAGAAGUUUGUGAUCGACCUCGAGGCCGAGCGACUGCAGAACAUGCUGGAGCAGAUUGUCAGCGUGGGGAAACACGUCAAAGGCUACCAUUACAUCAUGGCCAACCUGGGCUUCAAGGACAUCAACCUGGAGCGCUUCAUGCACGGCGGAGCCAACGUGACGGGCUUCCAGCUGGUCGACUUCAGCAACCCAAUGGUCAUCAAACUGAUGCAGCGCUGGAACAAGCUGGAUCAGCGGGAGUAUCCCGGCUCGGACGCCCCGCCCAAGUACACCUCGGCGCUGACGUACGACGGGGUGAUGGUGAUGGCCGAGGCCUUCAGGAACCUGCGCCGGCAGAAGGUGGACAUUUCCAGGCGGGGCAACGCCGGCGACUGUCUCGCCAACCCGGCCGCGCCGUGGAACCAGGGCAUCGACAUGGAGCGCACGCUCAAACAGGUCCGGCUGCAGGGAUUAACAGGUAAUGUCCAGUUCGACCACUACGGCCGCAGGGUCAACUUCACCAUGGACGUGUUUGAGCUGAAGAAUAACGGACCCAGACGGAUCGGCUACUGGACGGACGCAGACAAACUGGUGCUGAUCCAGGACUCGCCGCUGCUUCCCAACGACACCUCGGGCAUGGAGAACCGCACCGUUGUGGUCACCACCAUCAUGGAGGGUCCCUAUGUGAUGCUCAAGAAGAACUGGGAGAUGUACGAGGGCAACGACCAGUACGAGGGAUACUGCGUGGACCUGGCCUCGGAGAUCGCCAAACACAUCGGCAUCAAGUACAAGAUCUCCAUCGUGCCGGACGGGAAGUACGGCGCCAGGGACCCAGAGACGAAGAUCUGGAACGGCAUGGUCGGGGAGCUGGUGUACGGGAAAGCGGAAAUCGCUGUGGCCCCUUUGACUAUCACGUUGGUCCGGGAGGAGGUGAUCGAUUUCUCCAAGCCCUUCAUGUCGCUGGGCAUCUCCAUCAUGAUCAAGAAGCCCCAGAAAUCCAAACCGGGGGUGUUCUCCUUCCUGGACCCGUUGGCCUACGAGAUCUGGAUGUGCAUCGUGUUCGCCUACAUCGGCGUGAGCGUGGUGCUCUUCCUGGUCAGCCGCUUCAGCCCGUACGAAUGGCACACCGAGGAGCCCGAAGAGGGCACUGACGGUCCGCCAAGUGACCAGCCUCCCAACGAGUUCGGUAUCUUCAACUCCCUCUGGUUCUCCCUGGGCGCCUUCAUGCAGCAGGGCUGUGACAUCUCCCCCAGAUCGCUGUCGGGACGAAUCGUGGGCGGCGUGUGGUGGUUCUUCACGCUCAUCAUCAUCUCGUCCUACACGGCCAACCUGGCCGCCUUCCUCACCGUGGAGCGGAUGGUUUCCCCCAUCGAGAGCGCCGAGGACCUGGCCAAGCAGACGGACAUCGCCUACGGCACUCUGGACUCCGGCUCGACCAAAGAGUUCUUCAGGCGGUCAAAGAUCGCCGUCUACGAGAAGAUGUGGGGCUACAUGAAGUCGGCCGAGCCCACGGUCUUCACCAAGACCACGGCGGAGGGCGUGGCGCGCGUCCGCAAGUCCAAAGGGAAGUACGCCUUCCUGCUGGAGUCCACGAUGAACGAGUACACGGAGCAGCGGAAGCCCUGCGACACCAUGAAAGUGGGAGGCAACCUGGACUCCAAGGGCUACGGCGUGGCCACACCGAAGGGUUCACAGUUAAGAACGCCUGUAAACCUUGCCGUAUUGAAACUGAGUGAAGCAGGAGUCUUAGACAAACUGAAAAACAAAUGGUGGUACGAUAAAGGGGAGUGUGGACCCAAGGACUCGGGAAGUAAGGACAAGUCGUCCCAGGCCCUCAGCCUGAGCAACGUGGCCGGGGUCUUCUACAUCCUGGUCGGGGGCCUGGGCCUGGCCAUGCUGGUGGCCCUCAUCGAGUUCUGCUACAAGUCGCGCAACGAGGCCAAGAGAAUGAAGCUCACAUUCACAGAGGCCAUGAGGAACAAGGCCCGACUGUCCAUCACGGGCAGCGUCGGGGAGAACGGACGGGUGCUGACGCCCGACUGCCCCAAGGCCGUUCACGCCGGGCCCCCGCUCCGCCAGAGCUCCGGCCUCGCCCUGGUCUCCUCCGAGCUCCCGUGAAAACCAAAAACCUCUCAAGUGCCUUAUUCCAAUAACAACAGACAAACAGGAACCACAUUCGGACCGUCCACGCCAACAACCACGAACGUAACCACGAACGUAACCACGAAGAAACAGGAUUCACACACACACACACACACACACACACACAACAGGUCACCUCCAGUGGGCGCGACGGGGACCGACAAGGAGUCGCUCCGUUCCGAGGCGAACGCCCGUUGAUGAUUUCUCUCUCUGACGUCUGUGGAAACCAGAGGCAGAACAAUCUUGAUUUUUUUUUGAUUUUUUCUCGUUGGACUGCGAAGAGGAACAGAAAAAUGAAAAAAAAGAAAUAUCAUGAUAUAUGAUAAAGACGAAGACCAGAAAACUGUAAACUUGAAAAUCAAAACUGUGCUUUUUCUCGGGGGUGAGGGAGGAUUUUGCUGUGAUUUGGCAAAAGAAAAAGAAAAAAACUGAACCACAAUCAAGAUUGUUUUUCAAACUGAACGGUAUUUGCUACACGGACACGAGCAGCGUUCCAGAGACAAAAACAAUCUCGCCAGAUUAUCAGCGAGCGACACCGGGAGAGCUGCAGCCCCGGCGCCGCCGCGAAGACACGAGGAGAAUAUUUGUACUCAUAAUAAACAAAAAUCUAAAAAUCUUAUGAAUAUAUGAGCAAAGAUAGAAAACUGUGAAAAUAAGUAAAUAUUGUAUAUUCAACGACAAACUAAAACGGAGAAUCUAGCUGUACAUAGGCGACGACCGUGUUACAUGCUUGCUUUUUAAAACAGAUGUACAUAGCAGAUACAGUAGAGGACGGACACAGUUGUUUUGUUUCUUUUGUAAAUCAUCUUUAAAGAUUUUAUUCAUCGCAAUAAUGAAAAAAAGACGACAUUGCCACUUUUGAAGGAGGAGACGUGUGGAACAGUGUGUGAAACUUUUACUACAUGUUGAAUACUUUACUGUAUUAUAUAGGAAUAUUCAAACUCUCUCAAUGUGAAGAGGUGUCGACUGCCCGGAUACUCUGAUACCUGCUUCAUAACAAAUCAAUAAAUAUAUUCACCAAUGAAUGUUAACUAGCUCCACCCCCAACCCUUAAACCACGCCCCCUUCACUGUGCAGACGUCGACCCCAGAGAGCCGAGCUGCAUACGAUCGAGCUUCUGCCGUCGAAAAUAUAAUAACUAUUUUUUUUUAUUCUUUGAUCUAUUUUUUGUACUGAAAGAUUUAUUUAAAAAAAGAAAAGAAACCGUCUGUCUCCUGGUUUUUAAAUGUCCACAGUCCGAGUUCUAUCUGGGUUAAAUGUUUUACGUGUGUGUGGGGUCUGAACCGGUGACUGUAAAUAAAGAUGGACGACGACGACGACGAAGCGUCUGCCACUUUCGUCCCACUGUCCAAAAAAAUUAGGCCGAAAUAAUACGGAUAUACGCCGGCGGCCAUCUUGAGUCAGACAUCGCUGUCAAUCAUGACGUUUCAUCCUGUUUUUCAUGGCAUCAAAUGACAAUUUAAAACCAAACUCUUGAACAUUCACAUCCGUGUGAUAAACAACUACCUAAAAUGUCAGAAACCGUCUUUGGAAAUACAUUCAUUCAACGUGUACUUUGACUUUUUAUCUUAUUCUGGCCCACGUCCUAUAUGGUAACAUGGAGGGGGGCGGGGCUUAUGACCUAUACUGCGUCACAAUAAUGCGACCGAGACGUUUUGGGAGCCGUCAUGUCGUCCAUCUUCAUGUAUAAUCUAUGGUAAACGAAAAACUAUGAUUGGAAAUUGAAAAAUGUUUUAAUAUGUUUUAUCUGUCUAUAAUAUUUGCAGUAUAGACGUCGAACAUGAGCUGAUGAAAGGCGAUGUUUGCUUGUUGAGCGGCGAGUUUAGAGCCCUCGUCCUUAUUGAAACACUGUGGAUCCUCCGGAGAGGCCGGACACGGCGCUGUAGCAGAAAUGUAUUCGCUCCGGUCUCGCCGGACUCUGAGUGUCCUCGCCUCUUGGAAAACGGACGCACAAUCUGCAGUCGUCGGACACGAGACGCCGCAUCUUCAGCAAACGCCAGCGCUGGUGAACACAUCUCUGUGUGUUCCCAGUUCUUGUUCCCGUCGUUCACACGUGUUGUGUCUGGUCAGGGAAAGUUUCUUGGGGGGUUUUUUUGUCCUGCCAACCAUCUUUAGAGCUGAAAGUGUAAUAUGGCGUCUCAUUUUCGUUCACUUGUACAACUUUAUUUUGAUCUUUUUUAAGUAAAAACAAAUUUCAAAUUCAA